ACUUCCGGGUUGCUUUUUCCUAAGAGUCUCGUGACAGUUUUAUUUACGUCCAGUUUGGCCGCUGGAGGAAAACUAACUACAAACUGCUACCGUGAUCGCUAAACACGGCCAUGAGUGAGAGUGAAGAGGACUUGUCUUCAGUUACUGGUUGCGGUUAAAGCCCAAAGACGAAUCAUGUGGCGAGUUCAAGGCUUGUUUGUAAGAGUUUUACACCGUUAUCAUGCCAAUAGCCCCCUGCGCCUCACCCAAAACCACCAUCACGUGGAGGAUGAAGUUAUCAACACCUCAUCACUCCUUUCCAACUCCCGUCACUCCUCUGACUGCAGUUCCCAGAGAGAUGAGGAUGGAAAGAAGAGGAGGAAGCAGAGGACUUCACACUUCACAUUUGCAGAUCUCUCACGUUACACAGCGCUGGAUGCCGUGGGAUGGGGGGCAGCAGCAGUCUUGUUCAUGCAGGUGUGCAGGAGGAUUCACUCCCAGUUCUCUGGGUCUGAACCCCAUUCUAUCACAGGAGGCCAGACUGAGCCCUCCAGCCUGCGCAAAUGUGGCUACCGGAUCCUGCUAGAGAUUUUGUCGAGGCGUGAUGUCUUGCCCAGAGGAAGAAGUGUUUUGUGUCUAGAGGGAGUCCCAGAUACACGGACUCAAGAUUUGGCCAUAAAUCAGAGCAGCAACAGUGGUAGCAGCAGUAGUGAAGCCAGUCAGCUCAGUGACAUUCUUGAAGACCAGCUAUCUUCUGGAAGUCCUUUUCCUGACCACCAGAGGGCCCUCAUAGACUGUGAUUCCUCUUCAUUCGAAGACUCACUGCUUCCUUCUUCCUCUCUGGAAAGUUUAAAUAAACCCCAUAAGACCGUGACUGCAGAUAUCAAUGGCCAAGAUGUUUUAUCAAAGAAUGAAAAGCUAGAGGAAGCAGCUCAAAACCUCAGACAUGUGGGAGACAGCAGUAUUCCUGUUAUCCUCAACAUAAUUGGUUUACAAAAUGCCAACAGUGAGAAUUAUGAGGAAGCAUUUUCCUGCUUUUUGGCUGCAGCUCAGCUCGGUUACAGUAAAGCCCAGUUUAACACUGGUGUUUGUUAUGAAAAAGGUCGAGGAGUCAGCUGGGACAUGGAAAAAGCAAUGCACUACUAUGGACAAGCGGCAGCUAAUGGCCAUGCCCAAGCUCAGUAUCGUUAUGCUAAGUUGCUUUUGACCAGUAGGGGGCAGCUCAGUGAGGACGAACUGAAGACUGCAACCAAUCUUCUGGAGGAGGCUUCUGCUGCUGGACUAACCAAGGCUCUGCUCUGUCUCGCCUCUGUUUAUUCCCAAAAGCCUCAAAAGGAUGCAAACAAGUCUGUGCAGUACCUGAAGAUGGCAGCAGAGAGUGGAGACAACACUGCUCUGCUCUUUCUGGGUCAGUGCUAUGAAAAAGGCCUUGGGAUCUCCCAGAAUCUAAGUAAAGCAGUCGAUUACUACAGGCAAGCUGCGAAAGGGGGGAACAAACAGGCAAAGAGCUUUCUGGAGUCUCUUGGUACCAAAGAUAUGAACACUCAAGGUGUCCAUUUGCGCGCUAUUCGCUCAGUUCCCUGUUUCCAACAACCACUUUCAUCUUUGGGCAUUAGUACCACCAUGUCUUCCAGUGGCACCCACCUCCCAUCCACCCUCAUACCCCACUCCUGGAGCACCGGCAGCCUUUGUGUCCCUCCUGCUUUGCCCUCUCUGCCUUUUCACCUCCAUCCACAGAGUAACACGGGAAACCCCUGUAAAUGGACCCUGGGAAUUGGAUAGUCAGCAGUCGCACAGGUCAAGCUAAAGAAUGUAUUUGGUUGGGUGAGAGUUUCUGUAUGAUAGAGGAGCAGAGUGAUGGCUAUUAUGGAUGUUUUCAUGUAUGAGCUGUUUUAUACUGGAUAUGUUUGUGAACAAGUAAUAAGUGUAAUAUCAAAAGUGUCUGUUUUUAAUACAGUUUUGUUAUGUGAAUUUUUAAAACUCACAAUAUGUUAUUUUCUAAUCAUGUCUAAAAUCUGUACACACUACAUAGUUUUUUUGCUGGAGCCACAUCAUACCCUGAAAGUGCAUUAUGAUGGGUGUGUGUUUGAUUCUGUGUAUGCCAAAGUUAAUUGUGAUGUUAAACGCACAAAUAAAACUUUUAAAUUUG